CAGAAGUUUGCCAAAGACAAGGAAGCUCUAACUAGCAACCAAGAAACUAGCCAGAAGAAAUCAGUUUGGUCCAUACUUGUUCGUAAAAAUGAUAUUGUAUAUUGAAUUCUGUCUCGGCUUUUCUGGGAACUUAAGGCGCUGUAUUGAAAGUUGGCGUUACACGAUGAGUGUGGAGAAAGUUGCAAUUCUUGAUGCAGGUGCUCAAUAUGGGAAGGUCAUCGAUCGUCGAGUCCGGGAACUCUCUGUUUUUUCUGAUAUAUUACCAGUCAAUACUCCGCUUGAGAAGCUUUUAAAAGCUAAUUACAAUGCUUUUAUAAUUUCGGGGAGUCCUGACUCGGUGUGUCAGCCGAUGAGCUCUAUGUGUGAUCCCAAGUUAUUUGACGCUAAAAUCCCCGUACUUGGAAUAUGUUAUGGAAUGCAGCUCAUGAAUAAAUUUUUUGGUGGCCAGGUAAUCGAAGGUGAUACAAGGGAAGAUGGUGUUUUCUCUGUGGACUGUGAUACUACAUCUCCAUUAUUUAAAGGCCUUUCGAAACAGGAGCAUGUAUUAUUCACACAUGGGGAUCAUUGUGUCACAGUUGCUUCAGGCUUUAAAGUUAUCGCUAAGUCUGGCUCUAUUAUAGCUGGGAUUGCAAACGAUGAAAAACGUUUGUAUGGAGUUCAGUUCCAUCCAGAAGUAGAUCUGAGUGCUUGCGGUGCACAGAUUUUGAGGAACUUCUUAUUCGGUGUUUGUGACCUCAAAGGAGACUUCAAAAUGAAUGAUAGGGUGGAAAUUUGCACUGCCAAAAUCCGUGAAGCUGUUGGUCAGAACAAGAUCUUAAUUUUGCUUAGCGGUGGUGUGGACUCAACAGUUUGUGCAGCUUUGCUUUCCAAAACUUUGGAUCCUUCACAAAUAAUUGCUGUUCACAUAGAUAAUGGUUUCCUGAGAAAAGGUGAAUCAGCAGAGGUCAUAGAAUCAGUGGAAUCAUUAGGAAUCAAAGUUCAUUUAAUUAAUGCAGGUCUUCGAUUUUUAUCUGGAACUACCAUGAUUCAUGUGGAGGUGAUGACAGAAGCUUUAGCCCCAGCCUCAGUUAGUCCAACCAAGACACAAACUGAUUCUGUAGUGAGCACAGGAAUGUCAGAAGAGGCUUCAGAUCCAAGUGCUAAGGAGUAUCGAUCAACGUUAGAUUGUCCAGCACAUGGUUCGCCAGGUGGUGCUUCUGGUGCUAAAAGACAAUCGCAUCUCAGCGGUGGUGGCAUGCAUCCUCAUAAGGAACUGCGAAACAUUCCUAUUGGACCCCUUAGAACAGCCACUAUAUUUCCAGAAGACAAGCGACAAAUUAUUGGAGAUACUUUUAUUCGUGUUGCGCAAGAGGUUUGGUCUGAACUUCAACUGGAUCCUAGCAGUUUGAUACUUUGCCAAGGAACAUUACGGCCAGAUCUCAUCGAGUCUGCAUCUCAUUUGGUCAGUCAGCGAGCAGAUGUCAUUAAGACUCAUCAUAAUACAACUACUCUGGUCCAACUGUUACAAAAACAGGGUCGAGUUGUUGAACCGUUAUCAGAUUUUCAUAAAGAUGAAGUUAGACAAAUUGGUAGACAAUUAGGACUACCAGAAAAUAUUGUCAACAGACAUCCAUUUCCUGGUCCAGGCUUAGCAGUCAGAAUUUUAUGUGCCGCUGAACCAUACAUUGAACGGGAUUUUUCAGAAACAACAAGCCUGAUAAAAAUGAUUGCAGGAUAUCAUCAAAUGUCACAAAAGGUUAGUUAG